CUUCUGUAUAUCAAUGGAAUUUCCUGUAUCUGGCGCCCCAGCUCCUGCGCAAUUGCUUGAAUUGAAGGACUACAUUACUCUACGGGCGCCAUACAACCAAAAGCAUAUGUACCACGAUCACCCUCCAAUCUCCACCUCCUAACCAUCCGCGCGGGGGCCUACCUCCCCCCGAAACAGCGGCCAACACUCACGACAUCAAACGAGCUGCGCAAUUGCGCCUGAGCCCAAUAAUUAUAUCAUAUCAUGACCUCGCCACGGCCAAACCCAGGCGCAUCUGCCUCAUCUACACAGCCCCUCACUCCGCCCGCCGAUGCGCCCUCUGCCGCGAACAAUCCCUCCCAAGCAAACAACCUACCGCCGACCGCCGCCGCCGCCAACACCUCCACCUCUACCCCAACGAACCCAGCCAACCCAACCCUCCUCCCAGCAACCUCGCUACAAGACACAGGCAAAUCCCGCCGCCCGCGCGAUGCCCGCCUCAUUCACAUGCUCCUCGCCUCCCUCGGCGUAACCGCCUACCAAGAACGCGUCCCUCUCCAACUUCUCGACUUCGCUUACCGAUACACAUCCAGCACGCUGCAGGAUGCUGUCUACCUCGCUACGGAGGGAUAUCCGGGGGAGUCUGGCGGCGGCGGUGGUACGUCUAAAGGGGGCGGGGAUGGAAAGGUGCCUGGCGGAGGAGGAGGAGCAGGGUCCCAGCAGCCUGGAAAUUUAGAUCUGAGCUCCGUCAGCCUGGGAGCACUACGGAUGAGCAUUGCGUCGCGUCUGCAUUAUCAGUUUCAGCGCGGUUUGCCGAAGGAGUUUCUCAUGGAUGUUGCGGCGGAGAGGAAUCGGAUGAUGCUGCCUGGUGUUAUGCGCGGGGUUGACGGUGGGGCGGCGGCUAGUGCGGCGGCAGCGUCGGCUGGCGGUGUUAUGAUGGGUGGGAUGAGGUUGCCGCCUGAGCGGUUUUGUUUGACGGGGGUUGGGUGGGGGUUGAAGGAGGAGUGGGAGAGCGAAGGGGAUGAUGAGGACGGGGAGAAGGGGAUGGAGAUGGAUGUUGAUGGCAAUGAUAAUAAUGGGCAGCAGGUUGCUGGGUCGGGCCAGGGGUCGUUUGCGAAGGAGGGAGGAGGAGAUGGGGAGGAUGAUGAUGAUGGGGAUGGGGAUGGGACGAUGGAGGACAUAUUUGGUGAUGACAGGUUAGAUGGGGAGGGGCGAGAUGAAGAUAAGACCAUGACGGAUGUUUGAUACCCCCAGCUUUACUGAAACAUCAGUGGCUGAUGGGUUUGGGGUUUGAUAUAUUUUACCAGGUUUUGCUCGCUUGCCUCAUCUCCGUCUCUGCUUGCUAUGGUUUUGCGCGUUGCUCUGUUUUCAUCUUUUUCUUUCCAUGAUCAUGCGCGUAUUUGUUUGUCACUGUUUGGGAUGGGCGUUUGAUUUUCAGUUGCUCCACACGCAAGCUGUCAUCCGGAUGGGCGUCUCGGUACGGGCGAGAAACAAAAUGAGCUGGAGAAUAUAUUAUUUAGGGCCGGAACGUCCUGUUCUGUUUAGCGGAGAUCUAAACGCCAUUUAUACCAAGCUGUAUUUAUACAAAGAGGUUUUCAAAGCAGAGAUGGGGAGAAAAUGGAGAAAAAGAAGCUACUCUCCCACUUAUCCCAACAUUCCUCAAAGAAAAGAAAAGCCAAAAAGAAAGGAAAGAGGAAUCGAAUCAAAACAAAGCUCUCCCACCAACGCCAAAUAAUGCACCCAUAAAGAUAAGCGGCGUGGCCCCGAAAAGCGAAGAAGAAGAAAAAAAAUCCGAAAAUAUUUAUACAUACACACAGGCAUAAAUAUGAAUAUAACCCCCACCCUAACCUAGCCACCCUUUCUUCACCCUCUCUGCCUCCGCUUUUCUCCGUCUCUCCUCAUCCUCCCUCAUCAUCUGUAUGACCUCUCGCCGCCUCUCUGCCGUCUUCUGUUCUUCCAGCUCCCGAGCCCGCCUCCGCUCCUCGCGGCCGGCAAACCACUCUUCGCGUGCG